UCACGUCCCGCAACGUCACUAGUAUUAGCCAGUGCGGGGGUUUUGAUGGUGGAAGUGAAAGAUGGCGGCGGGGGAACAUUGGCAGAGCUCGCUUAGUGAACAUGCGCUCUUCUCCCGUCUGAAAGAACGGACGAGGGAAGUCGAAGAACUUAGGGAAGAGGGUGAAAGGCGGACAAGGAAAGACAAGCAACUGAGGAACUUGCUGUGCGUCCUCGAUGGAGAUCUAUUGGUGUGGGACUCGGAGGAGUGCGCCUUUCUCACUGUCAGACUGAGGAGUCUAAGUGUGGAGAGCACAGGGAGCAGUGGUGAGCAGAAACUGCUUUGUACAAAUCCUCCACUUUUUGAAGUUAAUGAGGUGUUGCUAAGCCCCACACAACAUCAUGUUGCUCUGGUUGGAAGCAAAGGAGUGAUGGUGCUGGAGAUUCCUAAACGCUGGGGAAAGAAAUCUGAAUUUGAGGGCGGUGAAAAGACAGUGAACUGCAGGGCUAUCCCCAUCGCUGAAAGGAUUUUCACAAGCUCUACCUCUUUAGUUCUGAAGCAGGCCCUCUGGUACCCAAGUGAGACCCAGGAACCUCAUUUAAUUUUGCUGACAUCUGAUAACAUAUUAAGAUUAUAUAAUCUUCACGAUCCACUGACACCUGAAAAAGUUAUCUCCCUCUCCAGUGCUGAAGAGGAAACCACACUGCCCCAUAAUGGGCGAUCUUAUAAAGCCUCCCUUGGUGAGACUGCAGUUGCUUGUGAUUUCGGUCCACUUACACCCCUUCCAAAAGGUUUUGGACAAUAUAAUAAGGAAGACACGGUGGCUUAUCCUCUUUAUAUCUUAUAUGAAACUGGAGAAACCUACCUGAUGUACAUUGAUCUUCAGAAGAGCAACAUCAAAGUGGGUAAACUUCUAGGCCCACUUCCAAUGUACCCAGCUGCAGAAGAUAACUAUGGCUAUGAUGCAUGUGCUGUGCUCUGCUUAGCAUGUGUUCCAAACAUAAUAGUUAUUGCCACUGAAUCAGGAUUACUAUAUCACUGUGUGGUGCUGGAAGGCGAAGAUGACGAUGAGCAAACAUCAAACAAGUCUUGGAAUAGCAGCUGUGACCUGAUCCCAUCACUCUAUGUUUUUGAAUGUGUUGAACUGGAGCUUGCUUUGAAAUUGGCAACAGAAGAGGAAGAAUCUAUGGAGCUAGAUUUUUCAUGUCCUAUUAAACUUCACAGAGACCCUAUCUGCCCAUCCCGAUACCAUUGCACCCAUGUGGCUGGUGUUCACAGUGUGGGGCUGGCAUGGUUCAACAAAUUAGAAAAGUUUCUUGGUUCAGGUGAAGAAGAUAAAGAUAGCUUACAAGAACUUGCAGCGGAGCAAAAGUGCCUUGUGGAACACAUCUUAUGUACCAAGCCUCUACGGUGCAGGCUGCCGUCUCCUAUUCAAGGCUUUUGGAUCAUCUCAGAUCUUUCACUUGGCACCUCGAUGAUAUGCAUUACAUGUGACUUUGAGUGUAUUGCAAGGCCAUUGCUAACCACCAUUCGACCACCCUCUCCACCUCUUCUUUGCUUUAAGAUUGACAAAAGUUCCACAGAGAUCAUUCCACAUGUCCUAGAAGAUGUAAAAGGGCCAUUUGAAGAGCACAUCAGAGGCAUUUUAAGACGCAACUCUGCAAACCCAUUGUUGUUGAACUCAUCAAGCAAAGAUUCCUCUCCUCCACCUGAGGAGUGUCUACAGCUUCUAAGUAGAGCUACUCAGGUUUUCCGUGAAGAAUACCUUCUCAAACAAGACCUUGCCAAGGAGGAAAUCCAGAGACGAGUUAAACUGUUGAUUGUUCAGAAAGAAAAACAGCUAGAAGAUCUACAGUAUUGCAAAGAAGAAAGGAAAAGCCUAACAGAGAUGGCUGAACGUCUGGCAGAGAAGUUUGAAGAGGCCAAAGAGAAACAGGAAGAUCUCAUCAACAGAUUGAAAAGGAUACUGCGUUGCUUCAACACCCAGCUCCCAGUUUUAUCAGAAAGCGAGAGAGAUAUGAAAAAAGAACUGCAUGCAACACAGGAGCAGCUUCAGCAGCUGGGGAAUGCCAUUAACCAGGUGAACAGAAAGAUGUCUUAUCAGGAGAAACAGAUGGAAAAGGGAAAGAGCCCUCGGAAAUCUAGUCUUACACUCAGUGAUUACCAAAAGAAGAACAUUAAGGUUGUGUUAAAGGAACACGGAGAAAACAUCCAGGAGAUGGUGAAGCAGAUAAAUAAUGUCCGAAACCACGUGAACUUUUAAUAUGCAGCGUACUAGGGAAGGAUUACAAACGGAACUGAACCAUAGGAUGCCUGCAAGAUUACUUUUGACUUUUUGUGGCAAUGUAAAAUACGAAAACCAAGAAAAGAACUUUUGUAGUGUCAAUACCCAUUUUAACUUUGGCGUGAUUUAUAAUACACCGCGGCUGUGGCAGGUUUUGUAAUAUAUUUAAAAGUAUUAUACAUUUUGUAGGUUGUAUGUAUUUUAGUUGUUGGGGGGGAAAAACAAUGCUAAAGGCAUAUUAUACCAACUAAUUUUGAGAACACAAGUUGUGCGGAUUUUCACGUGCAGGACACCAAUCACUGCCAUAUCUUGAAAGAUGCUCUAUUUAAAACAUCACUUAUUAAAGUAAUGGAAACAGUCAUUUAUUUCAUUAUAAUACCUUAUGAGUAGGGGCACUGUUUGUUGUGUAGGGGCAAGUUUUUAUUAACGUAUCAUACAAGAAGCAUUGGGGCAGCCCUCAUCCUCUUACCCUUGCAAAUGUAUUCAAACCAUUGACCAAUUAUAACUAAAUAACAGAUCCUAA